CACAGAUAUUUUUAAUUUCCUUUUUUCGAAACGAAAUUUAUAAAAGUGUAUUGGAAUCGCUGAUCGAUUGAAUAAGAAAAUUCGUAGAGUGCAAAGGGUUAAAUAAUGACAACUUCUUAUUCGCUGGAAGAAAUUUUGGAAAAACAGUGUGAAAAAUUACGUGAUCUUGAAACUGCGACGAUAUUUAUUAAAAGUAAAGAUGCAAUAAAAGAAGAAUUUCUUAAAAUGCAUAUUGCAAUUUUACAAUUGUGUAAUGGUAUUGAAGAUAUAAGACAAAAAUUAGACAAAAUGAGGAUGCACAAUAAUCAAUGUAGAGAAUUGUUAAAACUUAUUGAAGUUUUGAACAAAAGAAUUGUUCAUAUGGAAAAGAAUAUACCAUCUCAGUUAAUUAAUGAUGAUCAUAAGACUGAGAAUUCUUUACCAUUAUCUAUUAUGUCUGAAAAGAAACUCAUACGGCAGACAACUACAAUAAUAAAUACUAAUGCAGAAAAACAAGAGACUCCAAUGAAGGACUGUAAAAAAAUAUUGUUUAAUGAGCCUGAACCUUGUCCUAUGAUACCUUUGAUAAGUGAAAAUGAAUUUAGUAAAGUUCCAAAAUACAUUAUUGGAAGACAAUCUUUAGAAACUAUGAAUAAUUUUAUAGAUACCAUUAAUCAAGUAUUAAAAGUAAAAUAUACAUUUUUGUCACUGGGAAAAGCUCAUGCUAGAAAGCAAGGUGAUUUGAACCUUUAUUUACACUACAAAAAACAGGAAUUAGAUAUUUGUAAUGAUUCUGAAUAUAUGUAUUUUUUCACUAGUGAAGAUUAUGAGAAACAAGUGAAAUCUAAAUUAAAUAAGGUCAAAUUAAAUUUAAUAUCAGUUUUACGACACUGCAAAAGAUUGAGAGAACACAGGAUAAAAGAUGAUUUAAGAUAUGUGAUAUUAACAAAAAAAUAA